AUGAGCGCUGAGAGUCUUUCCUCGUCCUCCUCCUCCUCGUUCACAGCUAACGAGAAGCUGAAAUACGCCAGCCUCGCUGUCCUGGUGAUCCAGAACGCCUCCGUCAUCCUGUGCAUCCGCUACGUCCGAACGGUGCCCGGCAACAAGUUCUUCUCUACCUCUGCUGUGGUGAUGGUGGAGCUUUUCAAACUCAGCACGUGCCUCGUUCUGAUUCUGGGCCAGAAGCGAGGCAAUCUGAAGGAGUUUGCGAUUUACUUGUACAAAGGGCUGAUUGUGGAAUACAUGGACGUACUGAAGAUGGCAGUGCCCUCCCUAAUUUACACGCUCCAGAACAAUCUUCAGUACAUCGCCAUCUCCAACCUGCCUGUCGCCACCUUCCAGGUCAUGUACCAGUUCAAGAUCCUGACCACAGCGGUGUUCUCGGUGCUGAUGCUGAAGAAGAGCCUGUCGCGGCUGCAGUGGGUCUCGCUGGUCAUCCUGUUCACUGGCAUCGCCAUCGUGCAGGUGACGCAGGAGGAAGGCCGGGGCGGCCGGGACAGGGCGCCGGGCCAGAACUACCUGGCCGGCCUGCUGGCGGUUCUGGUGUCCUGCGUCUCGUCUGGCUUCGCCGGUGUCUACUUCGAGAAGAUCCUGAAGGGCACCAGCGCCUCCAUCUGGCUGCGCAACGUCCAGCUGGGCAUCUUCGGCACCCUGCUGGGGCUGGCCGCCCUGUGGGGGAAGGACGGGCCGGCCAUCGCCGAAAAGGGCUUCUUCUUCGCCUACACGCCCAUGGUGUGGUCAGUGGUGCUCAACCAGGCGGUGGGCGGGCUCCUGGUCGCCAUGGUCGUGAAGUACGCCGACAACAUUCUCAAGGGCUUCGCCGCCUCCCUCUCCAUCGUCAUCUCCACCGUGGCGUCCAUCCACAUCUUCGGCUUCCACGUCGACCUGUUCUUCGCGCUGGGGGCCAGCCUGGUCAUCGGCGCCGUCUAUCUCUACAGCCUCCCCAAGCCCCCGGCUCCGGACUCCUCACCGCCUCCUCCGCCCGCCUCCUCGCUCAGUGCCGAACCCGACGGCUACACCACAAAGGCUGUGGCGAAGGAGAAGGGGUCAUAAGACGGACGAAAGACUCGAUGGGCAAUGGUUCUCGAAUCUCCGCACUGGUCCCGCUCGUGAGAUGCAAGCCUUAAUAUAUUUGCGGCGGGUACAGUGGGUUGGCAUCAUGGUGAUUCCCACUCGCUGAGCGGGUGCUGCCUCUUCCCUCACCCGUCUAACAGCUCCACCUGCCUGCCCAGUAUCAGGAGGUGGUGGCAUUAUCAGCACUAGUAUGCUUUGUAGUUCAGUGUGCUACCAGACUCCAUCCCCUCAAAUCACUGACUCAGACUAACGGUAGCCUUGUGCACUCUCUCACCCAUUCCACUUUCCUUCUUAAUCUCAUGGUCUAGCUAGCUCUCUCUCCAUCUCUGCUCUCUCUCGCUCUCUCCGUCUCUGACCCCUCUCUGUCUCUGUCUCACUCUCUAUCUCU